UACGGUAAAAGCAUGGCGACAGACUCAUGCUGUUCGUGAGCUAGCUAGAAAGUUCUAGCUCUUCGUGUCUGUGUUCAUAUAAAGAGAAAACCGUGUAGCGCACAGAGGAUCAACGAUUUACAUACCAUUGGUGGGAUAUUUAACAGUCAUGUCAGGAAACAGGCAGAACAGGAGAUACCCCCAGAACCUUCAGGGUGUCCUUCAGCUGGCAGUAGAUGCUGGUUCUGCAGCAGAGGGUCCUGCUCCUGUAGAGCCCAUGUCAGAGGAGAGGAAGACGUGGCUGAGAGAAGCUCUUUCAGAGGUGUGCAAAGGCCAGAUGGAUGAGGUGGAGCAGAUGAAGCAGUGUCUGGUGGUUCUACGCAAAGAUGAAAUGGGUGAAAAAGAUCAAGAUGAUGGGGAUGACGAUGACGAAGAUGAACGGGAAUCGGCCUUUGAGAUGUUGUCUGAGUUGUGUGAGAACCUGGACAAUGCUAGAGAUUUUAUGAUUCUCGGAGGGCUGGAGCUAUGCGUCUCCAGGUAUCUGUGUCAUAUCCAGAGCGGGCUGAGGUGGCGGGCCGCCCAGCUCAUCGCCUCCUGUGCUCAGAACAUGCCACAGGUGCAGGACCACCUGCUGCAAAUCCAGGUGCUGCCAAAGCUGCUGCAGCUGACCGACUCAGACCCAAAUCCUACCGUCAGAGUAAAAGCUCUGUAUGCUGUUUCAUGUCUGGUUCGAGAGCAGGAAGCUGGGCUCCAGGUGUUCGUGGCUCACGACGGCUUCUCGGUGCUGAUGAGAGGCAUGCAGUCAGAAAACGAGAAGCUCAGGACCAAGUCUGCAUUUCUUCUGCUCAGUCUGCUGACCUCGCACCCUGAACAUAAAGAAACUGUUGUCUCCAUGGGGAUGGUGCAGCAGCUCGUGUCUGUUCUCCGCGCACCACAUUCACCUUUCCAUGAACACGUGCUGGGUGCUCUUUGCUGUUUGGUUGAAGAUUUCCCACAAGGACUGAAAGACUGCAGGAACCCUGCUCUGGAUCUGGAGGAAUUACUCAAACAGCGAGCCAGUGAUCUUCAAGGAAAGGAUGAAAGUCAGGAAGAGUUGGACUUCUGCGARCGUUUGAGAGUUCUGUGUUUCAGUGGGCAGCAGUCCGAAGACGUUGGGAUGGAUCGCUAAAGCAAAUUUUUGUUUUUUUUAUUUGUUUUUUUAACUUAUGUAUUUUUUUGCAUAUGUACAAAAAAAUGCAACAGAACGUUGAUGAGUUAAAUUGUGGAUGCAGAGUGAUGUUUAUGUCCAUUUUUGACAGUUGCUGUUUAUAUUUUGCAUGUAAUCCAGGCGCAGGAUUUUACUGAGUAAAUAACUGCUGUAUAAAGUUAUUUUUCAAGUCA